UAGGGAGAGAGUUAUCGUCUUUACGCGUGUACGUGCGUGCGAUCAUCUAUACGGGCAGAGUGUGUGAAGCCUUAAAAAGAUCGCCAGUGAGGUUCGUACUGGCAUUGAGAAAAUGAGAGAGAGACAGAAGACAAUGACUGCUGGCCGGAUGCUGUUGGCGUCAUCGCUGCUCCUCCUUUCGAUGGAACAAAUACACGCGAGCUACGGACAACAAUAUCUUUUGCCAGUUAAUGAUUAUCGCUCAUCAAUCAAACAACCAAAUUGGAUGUACAGCGAACCAAAAUACCAACAAAUAGGAUAUAAUCCAUGGAUAUCUCCAUACGCACGUCCCGAAAAACCUGUCGGAUAUUAUAACUACCCAUGGUAUCCAACCAAUCCACAUUUGCGUACGCCUGUACCAUCGGUGGAUGUUAUGAACCAACCACACCUUGACGAUGAUUUUGAUGACUUGGAUAGCCUAAACGAGAAUGUUAAUACAAAUCUUAAAGAUUCCAAGUUUUUACAAUUGAUUAUGAAACAUUUAAAAGGACUAAUAAUAAUGAAAGAUGAUAAUGAUGGAAUGCAUCCAAAAGAUGACUUGAUUUAAUGGGAUUUAUAUCCUGUUUUUAGUUUUAUGUAUUGUCUUUAUGAUAACAGUAAAGUUUAUUAUGAAUUUCAUUGUUAUUUUUACAAGAAAAAAAAAAUAAAAAUGUAAUUGUA